UCAGUAUAUCCAGUCUAAGGGUGUUUGUGACAGCUAUGAAGAAUUGUACCGGAGCCACGUGUGCUCGCGGCCAAAAAGAUGUUCAACUAGUGCCGGAGUUGGAAUGGACUCUGUUCGACGACUCAGAAAAGGCUGACUCUGAUGGGACUUUUAUUUCGAUUGAUGUGCAUCCUCAUCAGCCAUGGGUCCUUUGCAGACCUAAAGAGAAUUAUCUCGAAGUGUGGAACUACGAAGAUGGAACUCGUGUCACCUCCUGGAUGCUGCCUAGCUUGCAUGAUUUUAUCGCUGCAAAAUUCAUCGCACAGAAAAACUGGAUUGCGACGUGGCGCUGUGAAAGGGCCUGCGUUUAUGAAACCCAAGCUUCAAACUUGCAUUGCAUCAAAGCUCUAGAACAUCCUGGUAGUGGUUAUUUAUGGGAGAUUGCUGCCCAUCCCACCUUACCGUACAUAUUGGUUUCCGCUGCCAAAUUUGUGGUUUUGUGGAAUUGGCAGAAAAAUUGGGACAAAGUUACGUUCGAGGGUCAUGCUGAUCGGGUACAAGCAUUGACGUUCCAUCCAACAGACUCAAACAUCUUUGCGAGUGCUUCUGGGGAUGGGACGAUCAAAGUUUGGGACAUUCGCAACAGGUGGUGUGUUCAAACCCUCAGAGGGUAUUGCGACACAGCGAAGAUUUUCAAACUUGACUUUUGCAGCAGGCCGGAGAAGCCACUUAUACUGUCAUGUAAUGACACGGGCUUACUCAUUGAUUAUGAAACUCUGGUACUCUGGGACGUCAAGAAGGAAGUUGCCUUAGGCAAAUUGAGAAUGGACGAUUUUCAGGGUCUCGGUACAGAUUUCUUCCAUCCGCACUUGCCUUACAUCCUUGGUGUAUCGGGUGAUGACCUAAUUAGGGUCUGGGAUGAGUCCAACCAUCGGCUAGUAGCGUCCUAUGACGGUGGACUCGGGUUUCGUGUAGAAUGCGUGGCUCCUUGCAGAAACUCUAACAGUGUUAUUGCUUUUAGUGGUAAAAAAUUUGUCGUACUGAAGAUCGCGACGAAAGGAAGGAAUGAGGAAAGCAAAGCAAAGAUGCAGAUGGCAUCUUUCUCUGCCAAAAGGCCCCGGAUGAACACGCCAAACGACUCUGUUGAUGAACCAGGCACAUGUGUAUCAAAGAAGAAAAGGGUUGUGGAGAUGGAAGACAAAGCCGGUUAUGGAAAACCAGAGGUGGAGGAGAGAAUUCUCCAGGCGGUGGCCAGUUUGGAGCUGAAGUGGAUGGAAGCGAUGAAUGAAGUGAGAGAAGAGCAUGCAGGUAAGAUCCAAAAGAUGGAAGACGACUUGGAGGUCAAGCGCAUGAAAGCAGAGAACGAAAUGAAAGAAGAGCAUGCAGAGAGGCUCCGGAAGCUGGAACAUGACUUGGAGCUGAAGCACAUGAAGGCGGUCAAGGAACUGAGAGAAGAGCACGCAUAGAGGGUCCAGAAACUGGAAGACAAGGUAAAACAUUUGGAGGCAGCAAUGGCAGCAAUGGUAGAAAGGAAUGUAGAGUUAAAACCGAGGAUU